GCUUUUAUAGGGCGAAGGAUUGCGCAUGCCCACUAUUGCCGUUGUAAAGUGCCGAAUGAGAUGAACAGAGACAAGAAGAGGUUUGCGACUAAGGAGGACAGGAGAGCAUUGGAGAUCGAGCGGUCGACGUCGCGAAAGUCAGGCUAGACCCAAUUAAGAUAGUAUGCUUCUAGGCCGCCCCUCAACAGCUAUCGGUCAUCUUCAUAAUCAUCAUUCACGACACGGCUGUGGGCCGACGGGGGUAUGCCGUACCCCAAGGACGAAAGCUUCCCUCUUAGAGACGCUGGACAUCCCCAACGCACAUCCCAUACGCCCAAAGCACUCAUCACCCCACUGCACCUCCCUACACAUGCAAAUACCACCAAAGAUUGGCGACACUAGUCUACGCCUGCUCCCGGUCCCCCGAUCGCGAGCAAAAGCAAACAUGCAGCAGCUAGGCCAACCGUCAACGGCAGCAAGCGAAUUCAGCUCAGCCAAUUCCACGCUCCUUCUGUCAUCAUCGUACGAUUUCUUUGCUCACAGACCUUUUUCUUGUGAUACCGGGACAAUUUGUGUAUCCACGCCCACGCUACCUCAUUCGCAAUUGCUUUUAAAAGGCUUCCAGCUGCUCGGGGCCAGUCUGCUUCAUGAGCCGAACCACGUGCCUGGCAGCUGAAGACAAGCAUCCGACGUGGCACGCUGGAGGUGUCUGGCGAGCAGCUGACGUCGCGACCUUCCCGAACAAGCGAGCUGUCGUGACGUGAAUGCAGCGCAAGAUAGGAACACCCCACGGCGACACGAGAUAGGAUGGUUGUUGUGUUACACGGCGGCUUCGAGAGUACGAUUUAUCGGAGGGUAACGUAA